CUUAAAGUUUCUAAGAGAAAAAAAGUAAUAGUUUUUAAAUGAUAAAAUGAUUUUCAUUCAGCUUGGUAACAGGUGUACAAUCCGUAUCCGAAAGGUGCGCCACUAAGAACUUUUCUUACCAUCUGACAUGUCUUUUUAUUAUUAUUAUUUUUAAUAGCUAAUACUCCUAUUAGAUCUCCCGUUAAACCUGUUCUAACUAAAAAUGUCCUUUUUAAAAAGAAUUUUCAUUAAUAUUAAUUUUUUAAUUAAAACAAAAGAUAUAUUAGCAAUUUCUAUAUAAAAGGCAUCUUUAUUAUUUGUUAUUUGUGGAGGGUGGUGGAAGAUGCUUUUUAUGCUUCCCAUCAGACAAGGCUUCAUAAGGAAACUUCUCCAUCUUUAUAAUAAUAGCUCUUUUCACAGAAGCUAAUCUCACCACUCAAAAAGAAAACAAAAAAAAAACUAUGAAAAUGGGUCGUUUCGAAGGAUUUUUUCUUAGUUUUGUUCUGAACAGCUUCUUGUUGUUCUGUCAUGGUGGCACCACAAGUAGGUUUGUCAGGAGGUUAGAGGCAACAGCUGAUAUGCCACUCGAUAGUGAUGUAUUUCGUGUUCCUCCUGGUUGCAAUGCCCCUCAACAGGUGCACAUUACACAAGGAGACCUUGAAGGAAAGGCAGUGAUAGUUUCUUGGGUGACGCAAAAAGCAAAAGGAUCUAACAUGGUUCUUUACUGGAAAGAGCAUAGCAGCAAAAUGCUAAAAGCCCAUGGCAAAUCCAAGACGUACAAGUUCUACCACUAUACGUCUGGUCACAUCCAUCAUUGCACCAUCAGAAACUUAGAGUAUGACACCAAGUACUACUACAUGGUAGGUGUGGGACAAACGGAACGCAAGUUCUGGUUCCUCACUCCUCCUAAACCUGGUCCUGACGUUCCUUACACGUUUGGUCUUAUUGGGGACCUUGGGCAGAGUUUUGACUCUAAUAUAACCUUAACACAUUAUGAGAAUAACCCAUUGAAAGGUCAAACAAUUUUGUUUGUUGGGGAUUUCUCAUACGCUGACACAUACCCGAACCAUGACAAUAAUAGAUGGGACACUUGGGGAAGGUUUGUUGAAAGAAGCACAGCAUAUCAGCCCUGGAUUUGGACCGUAGGAAACCAUGAACUUGAUUUUGCCCCCCAGAUUGGAGAAACCAAACCAUUUAAGCCAUUCAAGCAUAGGUACCAUACUCCUCACCGAUCAUCAGGUAGUACAGAACCAUUCUGGUACUCUAUAAAGAGAGGUCCAGCUUACAUAAUCGUGCUGGCUUCAUAUUCAGCAUACGGUAAAUACACGCCGCAGUACAUGUGGCUUGAACAAGAAUUCCCAAAGGUUAACAGAACAGAAACCCCAUGGUUGAUUGUUCUGAUGCAUUCACCGUGGUACAACAGCUACGAUUACCAUUACAUGGAAGGUGAAACAAUGAGAGUGAUGUAUGAGCCGUGGUUCGUCAAGAACAAAGUAGAUGUUGUUUUUGCGGGUCACGUCCAUGGCUAUGAAAGAUCAGAACGCAUAUCCAACAUUGCGUACAAUGUGGUUAAUGGAAUUUGCAGUCCAGUGAAAGAUCUAUCUGCUCCUGUAUAUAUCACCAUUGGUGAUGGAGGCAAUCUUGAAGGAUUGGCUACCAUAAUGACUGAGCCUCAGCCUAAGUACUCUGCCUUCAGAGAAGCGAGCUUCGGACAUGCUAUAUUCUCGAUAAAGAACAGGACGCACGCUUACUAUGGUUGGCACAGGAACCAGGAUGGCUGCGCUGUGGAUGGUGACACCAUGUGGUUCUUUAAUAGAAUUUGGCAUCCCAUUGAUGACUCUCCUGAUGAUGAUUCUUGAUGAGAACAUUAGUAUAUUAUUUGUAAGCAUCAAUUUUAUUGUACAUGUCCUUGUUCUAGAUCAAACAGCGAAAGUGUAUGCAAAGAAUUAGAUCAAUAGACAAAUGCAGAAACUACAGAUUUUUUUGGUAUUUGUAACUGUUUCGGUGUAUCUAUUCUGGUUUAGAGAUUAUGACUCAGAUUUUGUAUAUACAUAUUUUAAAUAUAAAAAAUUAAGAUC